CUUUGCUGUCCCCCCCUGUCGCCCGGCCCGAGAAGCGACGCCCAGCCUGCUUUCAGGGUCGUCCCUCGGUCCUCGCCGCCCCUCCCCGGUCCUCGCCGCCCCUCCCCGCCAGCGGGCGGUCGGGCUCCAGCGGGCCCUCGCGGGAGGUGCUCAUCUGGGCGGCCACCAACGCCAGGUCCGACGUGCUGGCGCACGCCCUGGACGAGGAGAGGAAGGACCCAGACGGGGACGUGGCGGAGCUGCUCGCGGCGCAGCCCGUGGUGCCCGGGGAGCAGCAGCCCAAGGGCACCGCCUUGCACGUGGCGUGCCGCGCCGGACACGUCGACAUCGUUCGGCUGCUCCUGCUGAGGAACGCUCCUCUCGGGGUCUGCGACCACCAGCGCAAGACUCCCUACGAGGCCGCCGUCGAGGGGGCGCCGACGGCGAAGCUGGCGCAGGUGCGCGGGGCCUUCGAGGCCGAGCUCUUCAAGCGGGCGGCGGGCGGCGACGUCUCGGGCGCGGAGGCUAUCGCCCGCGCCCUCAUGGCUGGCGGGGUGGACGUGAGCAGCUGCGACCAGGGCGGGUACACGCCCGUCGCGUGGGCCGAGCUGUUCCGCCGCCCGCCGGUGGCUGGAACGACCCCAUCGGAGCCCGAGACAGCCUUCCUCAGUUCUAUGCUUGAUGGCUUGGGGAACCAGUGUCUGGAUCUUCUGAGCGGCAGCCAGGUCGAGGGACGGGAGCUCGGGGCAGGUCCAGAACUCAUGGAGGUCAUCGGCGGCCGGCGUGCCGCAGAUGUGGCAGCCAGCUUCAUAGGGGAGUCCAGCCUCGAAACGACAGGCUCCGCUCCAGCAGGAUUCCUGUACGAGGUACUCGACAACGCACACUAUCACAUCCACGGCAGGACCGAGGGGGCAGCAGUUGUGCCCACGAUGGAGGAUGAGUCCAAGUUUGUGGCCACGGCCGUGGACGACAUUCAUGCGAUGAUCCUGAAGAGCAGCUUGGUGGCGCGUGGAGCGUGCAGAGCGCGCGCCCACGGCCUCGUAGAGGCCACGCUGAUCGCCCCGAGUGCGGCAGGCCGGCCCCCGCUGGCGGCCCCGGCGGGCGCGCCGCCCGCGACGGUGACUGGGCUCGAGGGGCGGUGGAGGGAAGAGACGUAG